AUGUCCAAGUCUGUCUUGGAUGCCCUGACGCUCUCCACCGCCAUGAAGUGUGCCCCCCAGGAUGGCUGCUCACUACUCUUGCUCGUGCAUGCCUCUGUCAAGUUGCUUGAGAGCGUGCGGGGCCUGGAGGUCUGCUCCAUGAGCCUGGACACCCAGGAGACGCAGUGUCAGAGCGUGCGGGUCUCCAGGGCCUCCCGCCUGCGGCAGGUGGGGCGGCAGCUCCAGGUGCACUUCGACUGCUUUGAGGUGAGCAUGGCCCAGCACCUCUACAUCACCCUGAGGACUAUCCCCCACUUCUGCGGGGUCCAGCUGGACCAGCAGUACCACGUGGAAGCCAGGAAGCUCAGCUACUGGGUGGACCGCAGGAGCAAGGCCAUUCUGGUGCAGGUGCCCGACGCCCCCGGGAGUCCCGACUACUACGUGCGGCUCUGCCUCAGGUGGUUCACCUGCGAGGACGCCGGCGACCCGGUGCAGGUGACCGUCAACAGCGUCUCGCAGACCGUCUCUCUGCCCUACAGCCAGGAGCUGCCGUGCCUGUGCCUGGAGGGCUGGUCUGCGACCCCGGACGCCGUGCGGACCCAGAUCUGCCCCUUUGAACAUGACACAGAGGCGCUGUGGGACGCGCUGUGGGACGCCAUCCACUACCACCCGGUGAGCCAGGUGCUGACCUGGGAGCCUGCCUGCCCUGUGAGCGGCCGUGUGAGCCUGUGCUGGAGCCCGGAGCCCGGGGCCCACUGCCAUGAGCUGCAGCACUCCAGCCGACCCGCGCAUGGCAGGGUACAGUACCCGCUGGUGGACACGCAGCCCCAGCUCUGCCUGAAGUUCUCCACCGGCUUGGAUGUCCGGGUGAGGUGCCCUUUCAAACAAGGCCACUUUCCAGCCUGGAAGAUGACCGUCCAGCCGGCACCCACGCAGGGCCUCCUCCGGGCCACCUUCUUCUCGCCCAGCCCUGCUCACUUCCAGACUCAGGGUGACCCCACAGGAGACCCUGAGGUUGCCUUCGUGGACAUUCCCAGGGACAGGGCCUGUGCCCCUGGCAUCUGCAUCCAGGGCUGGAGGACCGACGUGCACUUCUCUGUCCCUCAGCAGCUGUGUGACCUCCGAUGCAGUGAGUUGGAGCCUGGCCGCAGGGUUCCUGCCUCCCCCUGGGCUGGACAGUCCUACAUCUCUGGGCCUCCCAAACACCCCUCCCCAGCCUCUGUCAGUGGCGUGGCCUCCUCCUCCCCGGUGUCCACCUCCCCUGACCAGGGCUCUGGUUCCACCUGUCCAGGCUUUCAGCCAAGGCUGGACCGCACUUCCCAGCAAAGGUCAUCUCCAGCAGAACAAGCCAAAGGGGUUGUGGCCACCCCCAAGGUUUGGCGUCUGGACCAGGACUCACCACCUGCUGGUCAGGUGACCCUAGGAGCUGGCCCCAGCCACUGCCAGAGCCCCAGUGCCAUGCUGGGCCAGGCCCAGGGACAGGCCCAUGGGGCAGUGGAGGGCCGUGUCCAGCCCAACUGCCACCUGUGGGACAGCAGCCUGAGCCAGAGCCUCAUCCAGGACAAGUAG